AUGGUUUCUGCCGAUCACAUUCGUGCCAUCUUUGAGCCCAUCGCUCGGGGUGAUAUGGCGUCCUUCUGGCCUCACGUUGAACCCGAUGUGGACUGGACCGUCAAGGAGUUUCAGCAAGGCACGAGGCCUCUGUCCUCGACAUGGGCUGGCCCGUUGCAUUUGGUUGUUCAAAACAUCAUUGUUGAUGGCAACCAAGCGGCUGUUGAGCUCAAGGCCGUGGAUACGACAACCAAGAGCGGAGACCCGUUUCCUAACGAGUACACCUGGGUCCUUGGUUUCAACGACAACGGCAAGAUUGCCACUGUCCGAGCUUACAUGGACACCGACCUUGUUACCCGUGUUAUCGAAAAGAACUCAUAA